UCUCACUACGAUACUCCUUCCGUGUUCUUAUCUGUUGAAUUAAAAGUAAAAAAAGAACGGGACCUUUGCCCCUUCCCCCAACUUAAAGCUGACCCAAAAAUUUACCCUUAUCAUCGUCGUCCUCUUCUUCUUCUUCUUUCUCCUUCUUCUUCAACCUUUUAUGAAUCUGUAAAAUUGUCCCUAGACUUUACUCCCGUCCCUUCUCUCCAUUAAAAGAAAAUGCCUGAUAAAGUCCCAAUCUUAAUUAUUUGAUACUUUCCUUUAGUUUUAUUAUUCUUUUUCCACACACACGGUUUCCUCCUCUUUGCUUGAAUGGUGGGGUUUGGGUUUUAUAGCGUCUGAUUCUCUUCGUGACCUUUUCAAUUUCCGUCUUUAGAUUCCCAAAACCCUUGAAGAUUUCCCUAUUUCUGGUGAUUUUUUAAAUAUUUUUCAAACCCCACCUCCCCACAUGUUUUGGGGUUUGUCUGAUCUGGAUUGGAUCGCAAGGGUCUGUUAGUUUUAUAUUUGUAUUGGUGGUGGAGUUCAGUAGCCAAGUCUCUUUUCUCAUCAAUCUUCGUCUGCCGCCUACUCAAACGACCCAGAAUAAAUUAUAAGAAGUUGAUUUCAGUGAAUGUUAACGAUGGCUGCCAGACUGAAACUGUAAUCCGUAUCGCUGAGAUUCGAAGGAAACCCUAUAGUUUCCGCCUUCCGUUUUUUUCUUUAUUCGGAUGUUUCAUUAGGGUUUCAUUGGGUUCAAAAUUUUAACGAUGGCAGCCAUCGACGUUACGAAAUAUUCCCAUAGCCCGACACACAAAGCCGUAGUAACAAAAGAUUACGGUGGUCUAAGAAAAAUCAUCGCCGGACUUCCACGCCUCUGUGACCCAUCAGAGAUCCACAACGAAUCAAUCUCUUUAACCGAGGAAGCCAAAGCCGAUACAAUCUCUUCCGUAAUCGACCGACGUGACGUCCCUAAUCGCGAUACCCCACUUCACCUCGCAGUCAAACUUGGUGACGUCACCUCCACAGAAAUGCUCAUGCUUGCCGGAGCAGAUUGGAGCUUACAAAACGAACAUGGCUGGAGUGCUCUACAAGAAGCUAUAUGCAACAGAGAAGAAGUAAUCGCUAGAAUCAUAGUCAGACAUUAUCAACCAAUCGCCUGGGCUAAAUGGUGUCGCAGAUUACCUCGUUUAGUAGGAACAAUGAGACGAAUGCGUGACUUCUACAUGGAAAUCACUUUCCAAUUCGAAAGCUCAGUCAUCCCGUUCAUUUCCCGAAUUGCCCCUUCCGAUACCUACAAGAUUUGGAAACGUGGCGCAAAUCUAAGGGCAGAUAUGACAUUAGCCGGUUUCGACGGAUUCCGUAUUCAACGCGCGGAUCAAACCGUUUUAUUCUUAGGAGACGGGUCCGAAGACGGAAAAGUCCCGCCCGGGUCCCUCUGUAUGAUCUCACACAAAAACAAAGAAGUGAUGAACGCGCUAGAUGGCGCAGGUGCACCGGCUUCUGACGCGGAGGUGCAACAGGAAGUCCAAGCCAUGUCUCAGACAAAUAUAUUCCGCCCGGGGAUUGAUGUGACACAAGCGGUUCUUUUACCUCAGAUGACAUGGCGCAGACAGGAGAAAACCGAAUCGGUUGGGAGUUGGAAAUGUAAAGUGUAUGAUAUGCAUAAUGUGGUUGUGAGUAUAAAGUCUAGGCGGGUCCCGGGUGCCAUGUCAGACGAUGAGUUUUUUUCAUCGUGUAAUGAAAACGAAACGGAAAGCGAGGAACUUAACGAGAUUUUAACAGACGAAGAGCGGAAGCAACUCGAGGCGGCACUAAAGUUUGAUUCUUCCGAAUUUGGCCACGAAAAUAACGAAAACGUGAUUGGGCAUCGACAUAGUUGUUUUGAGCAACGCGAUAUUCCAAUUGAAGAUAUACCGAGUUACAAAAAUGGUGAGAUUAAAAUUGAGAAAGAUAAAAAAGGGUGGUUCGAUGGGUGGAGGAAAGGCGGGAAUAAAGUUGACCGGGGUGGUCGAAAGGGUGUGGCACCGCCUCGUGGGUCGUUAUGUUUAGAGGAAAAGGUUAGUGAUCUUCUUGGUGACUCACCCCCUAGUCAAAGUCAAAGUCAAGGUCAAGGUCAAAUUCAACCGGGGAGGCAUUCGAUGGAGGUGACUGUGAAAGAAAAUGAGAGUAGGAAAGUGAAGGAAUUGAAGGCGUCUUCUUCGAAUGGGUCAACAAGUGGAAAUAGAAGGAAAGAUGGAAGUCGUGAGAAUGAGUAUAAAAAAGGGUUGAGGCCGAUUCUUUGGCUUGCUCCUAAUUUUCCUUUGAGAACUGAGGAGCUUUUGCCUUUGCUUGAUAUAUUAGCGAAUAAAGUUAAGGCGAUAAGGAGAUUGAGAGAUUUGCUUACAACAAAGCUUCCAAUGGGGACUUUUCCUGUUAAGGUAGCAAUUCCAGUGAUCCCGACCAUAAGGGUUUUAGUUACUUUCACAAAAUUUGAAGAGUUACAACCGUUGGAUGAAUUCACAACCCCACCUACAAGUCCGACAAGUGGCGACCGUGACAGCCCAUCAAUGGCCAAUCAAUCCUCCACGUCAUCAUCAUCUUGGUUCCAGUGGAUCAAAACUCCAUACCACCGUGCCAGCUCAUCAUCUGGUGCUUCAAGCAGUAGAAUCGAAACUACUCAAGACCCUUUUGCUAUUCCUGCUGACUACACAUGGAUCAGUGCAGAAGCCAAGAAGAAGAAAAUGCAGGAGAAGAACAAAUCAAAGAAAGGAAGAACUCAAACUCAAACUCAAAUCAAAGAAUGAUUUGAUUGAUUGAUAUUUGAGAUAUAAUACCACCAAUUAUUGGCUAAAAUUGUUUUAUUGAAAUGUUUUUACUAAUUUGCACUAGUUUAAAGAAGGAAGUUUGGAGCCAUGACUUGUGAGUCUUUCUUAGGGUUGAGACUCCAGUAAAUCAUUGUGGGGGGUAUAAAAAGUUGAAGUUGUGAUUCUUGAAUUGCUUCGUAGCCAUUGUGGAAUUUGAUUGUUUUGACUUUGUGGUCAA